AAACCAAAACCACCGCUUCCUCACCGUCUCUGUUUUCUCUCUCUCUAAAACUCUCUCUCUAAAUUUCUCUCAGAAAAAAAAAAAAAAAAAAAACUGAACGAGAAGAAAAAUGGUGUUUGUCAAGGGACCAGGCCUUUACCCCGACAUUGGCAAGAGAGCUAGAGAUCUUCUCUACAAGGAUUAUCAGGGUGACCAGAAGUUUACUCUCACUACGUACACUUCAAAUGGCGUGGCAAUUACUUCGUCUGGAACUCAGAAAGGCGAUCUGUUUUUGGCUGAUGUCAGCACGCAGAUGAAGAACAAGAACAUCACAACUGACGUCAAAGUCGAUACCAACUCUAAUGUGUACACAACCUUCACUGUUGACGAGCCUGCUCCUGGAGUGAAGGCUAUCUUUAGCUUUGUUGCUCCUGACCAAAAGUCCGGAAAGGUGGAACUUCAAUAUUUUCACGAGUAUUCUGGAAUCAGUACAAGCCUUGGUCUCACUGCAAAGCCCAUCGUCAACUUCUCUGGUGUUGCGGGCAAUCACACCUUCGCUUUCGGUACUGAUGUGUCAUUCGACACCGAAACUGGAAAUUUUAUCAAAUCAAACGCUGCACUCAGUUUUACCACCGCUGACCUCGUUGCUUCCUUGGGACUGAGUGAUAAGGGCGAAACAGUCACUGCUUCCUACUUCCACACGGUAAGCCCGUUGACCAAUACUGCAGUUGGAGCAGAGAUGGUCCACAGCUUUUCGACCAAUGAAAACACGCUUACCAUCGGGACCCAGCAUUUACUGGACCCUCUAACCGCGGUUAAAGCUCGAGUGAACAACUAUGGUAAGGCGAGUGCUCUUAUUCAGCACGAAUGGCGUCCGAAAUCUCUGAUAACUAUUUCAGGUGAAGUGGACACAAGGGCUAUAGAGAAAAGUGCAAAGGUUGGACUUGCUGUUGCUCUUAAACCAUGAAAUCCGAAUUUCUACGGGUUUCAAAACAUUUUUUUUCUUUUGGUUUCUAAGAUGCGGAGCUAGCAAUAAUAAAGUAGAUUUUUAUCGAUUAUAGCUAGCUUGGCUUGGAUUUCCAUGUCUGCUUGUAAUGUGAUCUCGGGUUUUUCUUGUUAUAUCCAAUGCUUUUUGUGUUGUAAAAAGAAUUAUUAAAUGACGAGUCUUGUCGAAAUUGUUGUUGGUUCAAAAUGGACGGUUCGAAAUGUGUCGUUUAAUUCUUUGGUGAUUUCUCCGCUGCUUGUCGGAAAUUGAUCAAUAUAGAAUUGCAGCCGUUUCAUUUGAAA